UCUAGUGGAGUAUUAUUCGGCGCCCGGUGCAUCUGCGCGAUGGAUUACGAGUGGUAACUCCGAUUUCCUCGCCGGCGCAGCGCCGCAGGUUGGGUUUCUUCCUGCGCAAGUUGGUGUCGCCGCGAGCUGAAGCCGAGCCGUCCGCUCGUUCUCUCGCUUCGCUCGCUCGCUCGCGUCCCUCCCAAAUUCCCCCAAAAUAAUUGGAACCCCACUCCGCCACCGGUGCGGCCGCGGCGGCGCCGAGAUCGGAGAGAGAGAGAGAUGGUGGUGCGGCGGCUGGGCGGCGCCGGCCGCGCGCUGCUGUCCCGCCAGGCGCUCUCGCUGCCCAACCUCCGCCGCCGCGCGUCCAACUCCUGGGCCGCCGUGCGCGACACCUUCUUCUCCACCAAGGAAGUGUUCGAGAGCCACCGCGUCGUGUUCACCGUCGGCACAUCCAUCGCCUCCGUCCUCACCGCAUGGGCCGGUUAUUCUUUGCGGCACAUGCAACAAUCAAGGAUUGAUAAGAGACUUAACUCAAUUGAACAAUCUCUGAAGGAUACUCACAAAGUCGAACAUGAAGAGAUUAAAAAGAUUGUCACUUCCAGUAAUAUCAGCACUCCAGCCUGUGUAGCCACUGCAUUGACAACUUCAGUUGUCGGGUAUGCGCUAGGGUGGCGGGGUGGAGCCUGGUACGCUCGGAGAGGCUUCCGAAGAGAGCAACAGAAGCUGAUGGGCCAAAUCAAUUCACACCACAGAUGGCACUGGCGGCCUUUCAGUAAACUCAAAAACAGACUCAGAAGGAACCGACCAGCGGCCAAGACUGUCGAGGCCCCUCGGUUGACAGGCGAAAGCACCAUCUGAAAAUGUUAACAGUAACUCUCAGGCAGCAGGAUGUGCAUGAUUCCUCUGAAAUACAGAUGAACAUCGAUGCCCAUGUGCCUGAGAAUAGAAACCAAAGAAGCCUGUUCAUAUGACUGGCAGACGUUCCAAAUUUUGCAGGAUUGGAACAUCCUUUUCAAUAAGAUUAGGAUCGGAACUAGGGAGAUUAUCUUCCUAAUUCUCAUAGGAAAAUGCCUUGCGCUGAUGUUACCGUUUACUACUAGCCAGGCUGAUAUUUGUCAUUUUUGUCAUGCUGUUUUCCCUUUCAAAAUGUGCCUGCCUCGUCGAGGCAUUGCACCUGUAAUUCGUCGAUGGACACAUGAGAAUGCACAAGCAUUUGUUGGUGACCGGAACCGAUGAGCUGGGAAUAAUCAGGGAUCCCAUAUUAUCUCGUGGGGCAGUUCAUUCUAA